AUAACCGUAUAGACUUGACCUGCUCAAGUCAGAUCAGUUAUAUGGACUUACAGGGCUUACCUGAUUAUAUUUUCGGACUGGCUUGAAUGCUCUUAUGAAGCCACAGCCUUCGCCACGUCAGCCACAGUAAAUACACCAAAUCACAUAGGUAUCAUCAAAAUUAUAUACGUACGUACAUUGAGGAUGUACGUACCUGCUACUGCUACACAAAUAAAAAAAUAUUUACGAUCUAUCCAAGCCAGGCCAGGCCAGGUCAGGUCCAAGUCAGGUCGAGCUAUUGAUUGACUCGUCCAGUUAUACAGUAUAACUGGACUGACGGCUUCCCGCUUACAACCAUGAUACUUCUGAAUACUUCUGAAAAAUCGAAUCGAUAGUGGUAUGGACACUUUGAUAUCAUGAGCUCCCGUUGUGUUCUCUGCCAUCGAUCUUUCGGUAGCGACGAAAGCCUGCAGCAGCACCUACGCGACUCCCCGGUUCAUGCCCUAUCCUUUGACUGUAACGACUGCAGUCGAUCUUUCGAUAGUGAAGAGGCGUUGCAGCAGCACUUACGCGACUCUCCGGUUCAUGCUCCGUCCUUCGAGUGUGAGACCUGUGAUCGAUCCUUCAGCAAUGAGCAGGCAUUACAGCAGCACCUACGCGACUCCCCGGUCCAUGCUCCGUCUUUCGAGUGUAAGGCCUGCAAUCGAUCUUUCAAUAGCGAAGAGGCGUUGCAACGACACCUACGCGAUUCCCCAGUUCAUGCCCCGUCCUUUGACUGUGACGACUGCAAUCGAUCUUUCGGUAGCGAAGGGGCGUUGCAGCAGCACCUGCGGGAUUCGCCAACGCAUGCUCUGACCUUCGACUGUGAGACUUGCAAUCGAUCCUUCGGCAGCGAGGAGGCUCUAGAUCAGCACCUGCAGGACUCUCCGGUCCAUGCUCCGUCUUUCGAGUGUAAGACCUGCAAUCGAUCUUUCAAUAGCGAAGAGGCGUUGCAACAACACCUAGGCGAUUCCCCAAUUCAUCCCCCGUCCUUUGACUGUAAGACUUGCGAUCGAUCCUUCGGCAGCGAAGAGGCUCUAGAUCAGCACCUGCGGGACUCUCGUAUUCACCAGAAGGAUACCGAAACCCCCUUGGAUGUCUUUUUCCGCUCUUUCCCAGCGUUCGAUUAUAACCCUUCUCUCCCUCCAGCAACUUCGUAUGCCAACCUACAGAGACAACAAGGAUGGAGCCGCGGCAGCGCCGCGUCGGACAAUGCGUGGGAUAGAUAUCAAGACGCGCUGCAAAGCGAGCUGCAGCUGUGGUACGGUGCAGAGGACGAUUUGAAUGCGUGGCAUGCGCUCUGUCGCCCGAUCGGUGUCGAGCCGCUUCCGAAAACAUGUGAGCAAUGUGAGGAGGUAGGAGACCCUGCAACGAAAAUCGGUGGAUUCACGCUGACGCGGGUAAUAGGCUGCACGUAAGACACACGUUAAUAUCGUUGAUUUGAUCGAAUGGAGACGAAGUGGGAGGGAGGAAAAGGUUCAGACCUUCCGUAACGUAGAAGAGCUGCGAACUUAUACCAAGGAGACACGCAAGAUAUUUCGCAACACGUUGGGCCAAGGAGGUGAUGGUAAUGUUGUAUUGAGACACCUGCUUCGAAGGAUCUUUUGAGAGAGUUAUGAAAAGCUCGAGUAGGGGGUAUACUGGAGAUCGGGUUUUCUAACCCGUUAUAAUUUCGAAGGCUCGCUUUGACAACGUCAUUGAAGAGGAAAAGAAAAUAGUAAGAUCUUGUUAAGAUGAUUCCCUUUGGAAUUCAACAUCAUCCGCAACUCAAUCAUCUCUUGGAUGUUCUUCUGCGUACCGCCGUAUCAAAUUGGCCACAUCGGGGUGUUGUUCUUCCUCUUCUAGCGUUUCGAUCGCUCCAUCAUAACCGGUUUGCCCCGGCCUACUACUAAGAGCUCCAACAUUCAAGAGAAGGUGAACUAUGUCAAGUCUUCCAUAAUAUGCCGCCAGGUCUAGCGCACAAUUCCC